CGAUGGAGGUCUAAUCGAUAAGGCGGAACGCUCGCCGAGAGAAUAGCCCACUACGGAGCCGAGUUCUGUACAAUGCGAUUGGUCAUAGAUGAUAGCUGCCGUUUUUGGCGAGUUUCAUUGGUCACAGCUGCUCCUCCAGCGAUCAUGGAUGACGUUCCCUGGGCUCUUGGAGGGGCAUUCGAAGCACCCCGCCGUCACAGAUAGCCCGUGGACCUGUGCUAUUACAAAUGAGUCUUGCUUGACAGCUUCAUAUAAGUAGCUAUUCCCACGAAGUUACUCAAAACUAGAACGAAAGUUCAAAUCUCUGCACUUUGUAAUUUCGAUAAUGGCCACCAAUGAUGACCUCGCUGCUCUCGGGGCUGGCAACCUCUUUGGUGUCAAGGGCAUGGUUGCCGUUAUCACUGGUGGUGGCUCAGGAAUCGGUCUCAUGAUGGCAAAGGCCUUGGCAGCCAAUGGUGCUGAAAAAGUCUACAUCCUCGGCCGGCGCAAAGAGGUCCUAGAAGAAGCCGCUGCAUCUGUGGGACCCAGCAUCAUCCCUCUGGUCUGCGAUGUAAGUGACAAGAACAGCCUCAAGGAGGCAACCGCAGCCAUCGAGAAGGAAGCCGGCUUUGUCAACCUUCUCGUAUGCAAUGCUGGUGUCGGAGGACCCCAGGUCAAGGCGCCCACGCCCGAGAUGACAGCUGAGGAAUGGGCCGAGCAGCACCUUGCCCAUGACACGGCGGACUACACACGAGUCUUUGACAUCAACGUCACAUCCGUAUGGUACACCGCGAUGGCUUUCGUGAAGCUGCUAGACCUUGGUAACAAGAAGGGAAACCUAUCGCAAAGCUCCCAGGUCGUCUCGACGAGCUCCAUUGCCGCCUUUAACAAGAUUGCUCCCGGUGGCUGGGCGUACGGCCAGUCCAAGGCGGCUGCGACGCUGGUAAUCAAACAAUUGUCAAGUAACCUGCCCCGUUGGAACAUCAGAGCCAACUGUAUUGCUCCUGGAUUGUUCCCGAGCGAAAUGUCGGCCCCAAUUGCCAAACUUUACGCCGAGGACGGCAGUGUCCCCAAGGAGAUGGUGCCUCUUCAAAGAAUGGGCGAUUCGCAAGACAUGGCAGGCGUCAUGUUGUACCUUGCUUCGAGAGCUGGUGCAUAUUGCAACGGCGCGGUGAUAACCGUGGACGGAGGUAGACUUGGAAACUUCCCUACCACAUGGCAUGCUUAGGUGUUCUAUGGUAUCCACGCGCGGCUAUGAGUGAUCUGAGACCCGUCGAGAGACGCUGGUUGUCGGUGCUGCAAUUAGAGCGGCGCUGCUGUAAGUUUCAACUUGAUACUUACCACAAGGCGCAGCUUCGAGCCGCUAGUAUGUGUAUUGAAUAAAAAUGAGAAGGUACAUACGCCAUAGAAAAGUAGAUCAUCAGCACCUUAGUAUGAAAUACGUUACCGAGCUCAACCCUGACAACAAGGACCCAUGGCGCGGUGAAUUUCGGUGAGAGAUUAAGUGGGACUUGUCUCACCUGGACCCAGUUCCGGAAAUACGCCGGCUAGCGUCGUCACACUCCAGAGCCCAGUAGCUAAGGAGAGGAGGAGGGGAGGAGAAAGCGCAGAG